UGGUGUCCGCUACUAUACUACUUCUUUGACAUUCGACCUUAUUUUGGUGACUGAUGACCGUAUGCUUUCUUUCUUCUCUUCCUUGGAAUGCUCUAAUUUCAUCAUUUGGGUCACACACAAAGCAAGCACUUACUUAUUAUUGUGAAUGGAAUUCCAGCUCGUAGGCCUAAAGGAUGCCCAAGAAAUUUGCAGGAGAGAACUCCAAGGCGGCGGUUGCCAAAGCACGGAAGGCUGAACUUCUGCAUGAGAAAGAAGCCGCUAAACAAAAAGCAGAAGAAGAUGCAUACUGGAACGACGAUGACAAACAUGUCAAGAAAAAACAACAGAGGAAGGAAAAUAAAGACAAGAAACGAGAGGAGGAGUCGAUGAGGAAGCUAGAAUCUCGUCGUCUCCUUGAGGAAGAAGAAGAAAUCUUGAAGGCAGCUACUAAGGUGACCAAACCCAGCAAGCUGACCAGGGUUCAGAUUCAGGCUGAGCAGGAGAUUAAAGCAGCCCAGGAAGCUGCUGAGAGGAAGAAGAAGCAGCCAAGCACCCAUCUGGAUGAACCACUUGAGGAGAAUCCUAAUAUAGCCCUCGCUGCUGAAGAAGCUUCAGGGGAUUCGUCGGCCAGGAAUGUAGAGGAAGCUAUUGGUGCUCUUAGUAUCACCGACCCCGCCCUUGAGAAACAUCCAGAGAGGAGAAUGAAGGCCGCCUACAAAGCAUUCGAAGCAAUCCACCUCCCGCGCCUCAAGGCAGAAAAUCCCAACCUCAGAAUGUCCCAGUUCCGGCAGAUGUUGAAGAAGGACUGGAGUCGCUCACCGGACAAUCCGCUAAAUCAGAGGACGUCAUCGUACAACACAAAAUGAAAACAAACGUAUAUUGCUGGAGAUCUUUGAUCAAGUGCGCCUCACCGUGCAGACUUUUAUGAAUGUUAACCAUCAGUGUUGUAGCCACGGUGGGCGGUGCUGGACGGGCCUGCCCAAAACUAACAAAUUUCGCCCAGCACUCUGAGCAAAGUCAAUGUGCUGCCAGCACAGGUUUCCCCUAGAUUGCACUCCAGCAAUGAUGGCCCCCAUAUCUUAACAUGAACAAUUUUGUUGAACUGCUCGCCCUUGGUGGACUAAGUUGGAUUUAGAGGACGACACUAAAAUUGGUCUAGCCACAACACUGUUUACCAUCUAUGAGAGAUGUUAGCUUCCCAUAUAAUGGCCUCUCUCAGGAUGCUGCCUUUUGGGGUUAUAGGUUUUUCCCAAACCUUUUACAAAGGUCUAAACUUUUCAUUUACAAUGACAACAUUUAAAACCAACAGUAGAAAGCAGAAGAUGAAUAAUAUUUUCAUUUGGCAACUGCUUCUUUGCAAAUUGACCGACACUCUGAAGGUGUAGAGUAAAGGAACACGUUGCCUUAGAUCGGUCGAGUUGGUCUUUGAAAAUCGUUCUGUAACCGUUUGUUGUAAAAUG